UGCCGUAAUGGUGUUUGGGGUUUGUGAAGAGGUAAAUUAUCUUAAAAUAAAAAAGUGAAAAUGUUACCAAAAAAUUAUUAGAUAUUGGAUUAGAUUAAAUAUUAAAGUGCUCAGAACAAUAGGAAGUUCCACAUUUAUGUCAUAAUUUGGAAAUAAUUAUGAUGGAGAGAAUUGUGGCUUCUUCAAAAUGGUGGGUGUUUGUUUUUUGGUUAACAUAAUAGUUCUGAUAAGUUUAUGUUUGGCUAAACCAAGAGACUGCCCAAAGAUAUGCUCAUGUUUAGGAUCGUAUGUAGACUGUUCCUCGAAGAAAUUUGAAACCAAUUCCCUCAGUAUACCAAAAUGGGCAACGCAUUUGAAUUUGCAAAACAGUUCAAUAAAGAAAUUAACUGAUGUUAAUUGGAAACAUCUCUCUGCGUUAAAAGAGCUUACUUUAAACAAGAAUGCCAUUUCUUCCAUCCCAAAAGAUGUAUUUCAGUAUCAAAGUCAGUUGAGGAUACUGGAAUUAAAUCGCAAUAAUAUACAAGUGAUUGAAGCUUUAAAUUUUAUAACUCUUGAACAUUUAAGCACAUUGAAGUUAAAACGAAACUACAUAAGAGAACUUAAGGAUGGUUCUUUUUAUGGUCUCAAAGAAAUUGACAAAUUGUUACUGGAUUUCAAUUCUUUAAAAGUGAUAUCAAAAACCUGGUUAUAUGGUUUAGAAGCUUUGAAAGAGCUUUCUAUCAGUCACAACUUUAUUGAGAAAAUUGAACAGGAUUCAUGGGAAUUUUGCAAAACGCUGGUAUUACUGGAUCUGUCUUUUAAUAAGCUGACAUCCAUUGAAUCAGAUACAUUUAAAAAUCUUGACCACCUUCAGAAACUUUCUCUAAAUAAUAAUAAUAUCUCGGUUAUUAAUGAAAAAGCUUUUUUCCAUCUACCAAAACUAAAAUUUAUAAAUUUAAGUAAUAACAAAAUUGGUUGGACUGUAGAGGAUGCCUUUGGGGUCUUUCAAGGUCUUAAUUCCUUAAUGAAGUUUCAUCUUGCUGGCAAUCAGAUCAAGUCUAUAAAUGCAAAUGCUUUUGUAGGAGUAAAGAAUGUUACUUAUCUUAAUCUAUCUAACAAUAAUAUUACCUCAAUUCAAAAUAAUGCGUUUGCCGAACUACCAAUGUUAAAGGAGCUGGUAAUAAAUACUACUAGCCUGUUAUGUGACUGUAAUUUGAAGUGGUUUUUGGACUGGCUUCUUCUCAAGCAACUAAAAGUACAAGCUCUCUAUUGUUCUUAUCCAGCUUGGCUUAGAGGUCAAUCAUUACUUGAAGUAACAAGUAACUUCACUUGCAAUGAAUUGCCAAAACCUCGACUAAUUGAAGAACCUGAUGCAGCAAUAAUGGCAUUAAAAGGAGAAAAUAUAACCCUAAACUGUAAAGCGAUGUCCAGUUCGUCAGAUCGAAUGAAAUUCACUUGGCGUAAAGACAAUGCUGAACUUAUGAAUCCUAACAGUGAAGUAAAGUCCAGAAUCUAUUCUGACGGAAAAUCAACAGAAACAACAUCCAAACUGCAUUUAAUAAACAUUGACAAUUAUCAUGCUGGAAAGUACCAGUGUGUGGUGAGCAAUAGUUUUGGUACCACAUAUUCCCAAAAGUCAACUAUAUCUGUACUUGUGUACCCUGUUUUCACUAAAGUGCCGAUGAAUUUAACUGUACGUGCUGGAGAAACUGUUAAAUGGGAAUGUUGUGCCACUGGUGAUCCAAAUCCACAAAUAACAUGGCAUAAAGAUGGAACUGACUUUCCAGCUGCUAGAGAACGAAGAGUGAAUGUAAUGCCCUCAGAUGAUGCCUUUUUUAUAGUAAACACUAAGCCAGUUGACAUGGGUGUGUAUAGCUGCACAGCACAUAAUGCUGCUGGCAUGAUCUACGCAAAUGCUACCCUUGUUGUUGAGGAAAAACCAUCAUUUAUUAAAAAAAUGAUGGAUAAAGAAGUUUAUGUAGGUGAGCAUGUUGUACUGCAGUGUCUUGCAAAAGGAUUGCCAAAGCCAACAAUAACAUGGUUGAAAGAUGGUGAUUUAAUUAUACCAACAGAAAGGCACUUUUUUAUUCAUGAUAAUCAAAUGGUCAUUAUUGUGGAUUCUGUUCAAUCAGAUUCUGGAAAUUACGAGUGUCAUCUAAAUAAUUCAAUAGGACAAGAAAGCGGAAGGUGUAGAAUUGUUGUCAAAUCAAACAACACCGAUACAAGCAACCUAAUGGGAAUUAUAGUAAUUUCAGUAGUCUGUUGCGCAGUUUUGACAUCUAUAAUCUGGGUAGUAAUUAUCUACCAAACGAGACGCAAAAUUACAAACCCGGUCAUCCAGACAGAAAUGGAGGAACUUCCUGAAUUAAAUGAUAGCACUCACAUGCAUCAACUGCAACUGCAACGAAGUUCAGAUAACAUUUCGGACCAAUCUUCGUGUAAAGACAGCGGUACGGGGGAUUCUGCUAAACGUAGUAACGACAAUUUAGCUCAAGAAGAGCUUACCUUUGUUACUAACAACCCUGAUGCUGCCAACACUAGCUCAGAAGCGAAUAACUCGCAAGCGCCAUUACUGCACUACCCUACGAACCAUAACAGGAUUUCAAUUGUAGAAUCCAGUCCGCCUGAAAAGGCUUUAGAUAGUUAAGGUAAUACUAAUACUUGGGCCAGUAUUUGAACGUACAAUUAUGAUAAAAGUAUUAAUAUCAACCCGCCUUUACUUAGUUUAUAGCGGAAUAUAGUUUCAUAAGUUGUUUAAGUUAGAUAUUGUAUUAAAUAUUUUAUUUAUCUACUAGUUGGUUUACCAAUUUUUGUGUUCGGUUAUGUUCUUUCCCACAGGUUAUCUAAUAUUUCUUCUGAAUGAUUCUGCUUAUGGUUUGCUUUACACAUAACCAAACUUAUAUGGAAUCAUCUGGUAUUUCUUAUUACUUAGAGCGAAUUUAAAAAAAAAAAAGACAAGAAAUGAGGGCAACAGUAUCAAAUUAAGUUUCUUUUUUGAGGAUUUUCUUGAAGAAAAAUGAAUAAACCACCUCAUCACGAACUGGAUCUGUGAACCUUGUUUAUUUAGCCAAAUCGUAGGCGGAAAAGACAAAUCGCAUCUCAGCUCAAACAGUGUCAUAAGUCGAAAAAACAAAGUAUCGAGAAAACGACGUAUAAAAUGUGUGCUAGAACUGUUCCGAGUUUAAUUCAAAAACUAUUAAAAUUAGUAUAAUAACUAUUUUAUUCAGUUACAAAGAUUUUUAAAGCUAUACAAAAUAGUGUAUUAAGGGGCUAUCCUAAUGUAAAAGUACGAAAUUCAUAUACUUUUUUGGGAAUUUCUAAAAUAAAAAGUAGUAUACCAAUUAUUUUGAAAAUUUGCAUGAGCAUUUAUCAUAAAAAGAAGUAUAUCUAAAACAAUUUUCAUAAAAAAAUGUUGAAAAUUAAACAAUUUAUGCGCCAUCUACAGGCACCAUGAAAAUAAAAACAUAGGUCCACUGCUGCAUUGAUUGGGACUAAUAGAGAAUCUGAAAAAUAAAAUUUCAAAGUGAUUAUCGAAAUAUAAGUUACUUCCUAUACCAUCAACUAGGAUUUUUGAAAAAUAUUAAAAUUUGGAAAAAUGACGAAGUGUCGAAAAUGUUUUUUAAAACUAGCUAAAACAUUUUCAGUUUCAAAAACCACCAAAUUGACAUCAUUCAUCCGAUCAAAAAACCCGUAGUUGAUGGUAUAGAAAAUAACUCAUAUUUAAAUAAUAACUUUGAAAUUUUAUGUUUCAGGAUCUGUAUUAGUCGCAAUCUCUGCAGCAGUGCAGCUAUGUUUUCAUUUUGACGGUGCCAGUAGAUGGCGCAUAAACCGUUUAAUUUUCAAUAUUUCUUUAUGGAAAUUGUUUUACAUGUACUUCCUUUUAUAGUAAAUGCUCAUGCAAAUUUUCAAAAUAAUUCGUACAGUACUUUUUAUUUUAGAAAUUCCCAAAAAAGUAUAUGAAUUUCGUACUUUUACACUAGGAUAGCCCCUUAAGCCUGCUAAUAAGUACUUGGAAAAAUCAGAAUAGAGCUACAAAGAAACAGGAAAGAAGACCCUGUUGAAUGUGAGACAAGAAUAAAGGUAGAACAGCUACGAGACUUGUCAACACGAGAUCUA